CCCUGCCCGGCUCGCCGGCCCCGGGCGCGGGGGAGCGGCGGAGCCCUCCGCCCGCCGGGUGCAUGGACAGGAGCUCCCUGCUGCAGCUCAUCCAGGAGCAGCUCGACCCCGAAAACACCGGCUUCAUCGGGGUGGAGACGUUCGCCAGCCUGGUGCACAGCCAUGAGCUGCCCCUGGACCCCGCCAAGCUCGACAUGCUGGUGGCCCUGGCGCAGGGCAACGACGAGGGGCAGGUCUGCUAUCAGGAGCUGGUAGACCUGAUCAGCAGCAAGCGCUCGAGCAGCUUCAAACGCGCCAUCGCCAACGGGCAGCGGGCGCUGCCCCGCGACGUCCUGCUGGACGAGACCGGCCUCGGCAUCUACAAACGCUUCGUCCGCUACGUGGCCUACGAGAUCCUGCCCUGCGAGAUGGACCGGCGCUGGUACUUCUACCAGCACCGCACCUGCCCGCCCCCCGUCUUCAUGGCAGCCGUCACCCUCACGCAGAUCAUCGUGUUCCUGUGCUACGGGGCCCGGCUGAACAAGUGGGUGCUGCAGACCUACCACCCCGAGUACAUGAAGAGCCCCCUGGUCUAUCACCCCGGGCACCGGGCGCGCGCCUGGCGCUUCCUCACCUACAUGUUCAUGCACGUGGGGCUGGAGCAGCUGGGGUUCAACGCCCUCCUGCAGCUGAUGAUCGGGGUGCCCCUGGAGAUGGUGCACGGCAUCCUGCGCAUCAGCUUCCUCUACCUGGCCGGGGUCCUGGCAGGCUCCCUCACCGUCUCCAUCACGGACAUGAGGGCCCCCCUGGUCGGGGGCUCAGGGGGGGUCUACGCCCUCUGCUCCGCUCACCUCGCCAACGUCGUCAUGAACUGGGCCGGGAUGCGCUGUCCCUACAAGCUGCUGCGGAUGGUCCUGGCGCUGGUGUGCAUGAGUUCCGAGGUCGGUCGCGCCGUCUGGCUCCGCUUCUCGCCGCCGCUGCCGGCCUCGGGCCCCCAGCCCAGCUUCAUGGCGCACCUGGCGGGGGCCAUCGUGGGCAUCAGCAUGGGGCUGACCAUCCUGCGCAGCUACGAGGAGAGCCUGCAGGACCAGUGCGGCUGGUGGGUGCUGCUGCUGUCCUACGGCACCUUCCUGCUCUUCGCCGUCUUCUGGAACAUCUUCGCCUACGACCUGCUGGGGGCACAGAUCCCGCCCCCGCCGUAGCCCGCCCCCCGGCCCCGACCCCGCGGUCGGUUUGUUUUCCGAGCCCGGCGGAGGGGCUGGGGGGGUCCCCGCGCGUGACAUGGGGACAGGCCACCCCCGCCCG